AUGACGAAGCCGCAAAUCAUUGUGAAAAUACCACCAGCCUCCGAUGCGGAGGAUAAAACUCUCGUCUCAACCAUAACUGAUAUCGUCAACACCGCCUACACAAAGGCCGAGUCCGAUAUCUUCAUCCCAUCAUACCAACGAACUACCGCCACCGAAAUCGCCAAAUUUCUAAGCCAAGGCCAACUCGCUGUGGCAUACCUACAACCCGACAACGAGCCCAUCGGCUGCGUCUUCAUCAAACUCAUUACACCCGCCCUCGGAGAGUUCGGCAUGCUGGCGCUUGACCCUCAGUACCAAGGUACUGGUGCAGGGCGACAAUUAGCGGUCUUUGCGGAAGAUGAAUGUAGACGAAGAGGUUGUACGACGAUGCAGCUGGAGAUUCUUGUGCCGAUGACGUUUCAUCAUGAGGGUAAGGCAAGGUUAUUGGGGUGGUAUACGAGGAUGGGGUACGAGCUUGUUAAGUUGGGGGAUUUUGCGGAUGAUUAUCCUGAUUUGGUAAACUUGCUUGCUGGACCGACGGAGUACAGGGUGUUUGAGAAGAGUCUUGUGUAA